ACUUACUGUAAGCCGUAAGGUAUGUUCUUCAAGUUUUAUGGUGCUAUUUUGUGUUGGAUCAUUUCGUACAGUAUUUUUGAGUUUAAUAAAAUUAUUUCGUACUGUAUCGAUUCUUUGUACAUCGAUAUCUAAUUAUCACUCACUACUUCUUCUCUCUCGGUCGCAAGUAUCACUAUUCCGAAUAUUCAAAUGGUGAACGUGGAGGAGAACCGUCGUGCUCAACGAGCCAAUGGUCCGGCCAUGGUGUUGGCUAUCGGCACCGCCAUGCCGUUGAACUGCGUCGAACAGAGCACGUUUCCUGACUACUUCUUCCGUGUCACAAACAGCGAACAUAAGGCCCAUCUCAAGCAAAAGUUUAAGAGCAUUUGCGAGAAUUCGAAGAUCAAGAAACGGUACAUGCACUUGACGGAAGAUCUCCUGAACCGAAACCCGAACAUCGCCGCCUACGCCGCGCCGUCUCUUGACGCGCGGCAGGACAUGGUGGUGGCAGAGGUCCCAAGGCUGGGCAAAGAGGCGGCCGAGAAGGCCAUCAAGGAAUGGGGGCAGCCGAAAUCCAGCAUCACCCACCUCAUCUUCUGCACCACCAGCGGGGUCCACAUGCCCGGCGCCGACUACCACCUCACCACGCUCCUCGGCCUCCGCCCCUCCGUCAACCGCCUCAUGCUCUACCAGCAGGGCUGCCACGGCGGCGGCACCGCCCUCCGCAUUGCCAAGGACCUCGCCGAGAACAACGCCGGCGCCAGGGUCCUUGCCGUCUGCUCCGAGAUCACCGCCAUCUCCUUCCGCGGGCCCACCGACGCCCACUUAGACAACCUCAUCGGCCAGGCUCUGUUCGGGGACGCCGCCGCCGCCGUCAUCGUGGGCUCCGACCCGGUGUCCGGGGCGGAGCAGCCGCUCUUCGAGAUCUUCUCAGCGGCGCAGGCAAUCGUCCCCGGCAGCGAAGGCGGGAUCGAGGGGCGCCUGCGUGAAUCUGGGCUGAUGAUCCAUCUCCUGAGAGAUGUACCGGGCCUUAUCUCGGCCCAUAUGGAGGAGAGCCUGAAGAGGGCGUUUGGGCCGCUGGGGAUUUCGGAUUGGAACUCAUUGUUCUGGAUUGCGCAUCCAGGUGGGCCUGCGAUAGUGGAUCAGAUCGAGGCGGAGAUGGGCCUGAAGCCCGAGAAGCUGCGGCUGUCACGGCACGUGCUGAGCGAGUAUGGGAAUGUGUUUAGCACGACUGUGCUGAUUAUUUUGGAUGAGAUGAGGAAGUCCUCCGCUGAGGACGGGCAGACCACCACCGGCGAGGGGCACGAUUGGGGUGUGCUUUUCGGGUUUGGCCCAGGCCUCACGGUGGAGACGGUUGUGCUGCGAAGCAUGCCGAUUCAUUCACUCUGACUUCGGUUUUGUAAAUUGUAAUGCUCUAUCUAUAGCUCAUGUACAUGUAUUUAUGUUUUCAUGAUGUAACAAUAAAGGUUGAGGAUA